GGAAUGAUUAAGGAAAAGUCUAAUUCUUCAAAUAAACAACCACUUUUAGUUUCUUUUGACGGAAAAUUUUUUGAUAUUGCUGAAUUUGCACCUCGACACCCUGGCGGAGAGAAAGUUCUUCAAAUCGCCGCAGGUUCAGAUAUUGGACAGUUUUUGAGAGGAGAAGAGGAAUUACUUGGAUUUAUACACAAACAUUCAUUGGGAGCUUAUAAUAUUUUAAAAAGAUAUUCUCUUGACAAACAAUUUAAAAAUGAUCCACUUAUUGAUGGCCAGGAACCAAUUUUAUUUAAAAUUGGGGAAUUAGGAGAACGUUAUUGGACUUGGUUUUAUUUUUUAUUUUUAAAUAUUAAAUGGUGGAUUAUUCCAAUGUUUUGGUUACCUUUAGUUAUUACUUUUCUGUUAGAAGGAUAUAAUUUGUUAAUAAAUGAUUUUGGUUCUUUUACUGGGGGUUUCUUUACUUUUUCACUUUUUAUGUUUGGAAUUCUUUUUUGGACUUUAAUGGAAUAUUCUUUACAUCGUUUUAUUUUUCAUUGGCAUCCUAAUCCAAAUUCCAAACAACAAUUGACUUUGCAUUUUUUAUUACACGGCCUUCAUCACAAAACUCCCCUAGACAAGGAUCGUUUAGUUUUUCCUCCUGCAGCUGCCCUUAUUAUUGUUGGAUUCUUUUAUUGUUUUUAUCGUUUAUUGCUUCCAUAUCCGAUUUUUUGUUGUUUUGGUACAGGAAAAUUAACUGGAUAUAUUAUUUAUGAUUUAAUACAUUAUUAUCUUCAUCAUGGAACUCCAGAGGCAAACAGUAAAUGGCAUAAAAAGAAAAUAUAUCAUCACAAUCAUCAUUUUAAAGAUUCUCAAUCCGGAUUUGGAAUUUCCACAACACUUUGGGAUCACGUGUUUGGAACAUUAGGUGCUGUUAGAUAA